CAUGUCUGCCUCUGUGUACAUUCCCGCUAUGGCACACGCCUGCUGAGGAAACAUUUCCACCCACAGCCAGUCAGUCAACUCCUCUACCCCCCGCUGGGAAGCGUCUCCAAGCGUCUCCAACGGGACGUCGCCGUUCCCGGGCUUCGGAAAAUUUGAAAAGGCAACAUCAAACCUCGACCUCCCGGAGCCCCGUAGCAAAAGAAAGAAGACGCUGCCAAGAUGUUCAGCACCAAAAGGCUGAAGCAGAAGUCUCAGUCGGUGGAUAUUGCCAGUCAAGGUUUCUCUCCUACUCUGGUGCCAGCCUCGCCCCGCAACAAGGCUGCGCCACCUGUUGCCAAGGCGACCACCGGCCUGGCGGUGCAGGAAAACAACACCACCAACUCCCAGCUGCGCUCUCCUCGAUGUGUCGAACUGAAGAGGGGGUACACCAUAGAUACCGGCCAGAAGAAGACUCCAGAAAAGAAGGAUGGGAGGCGCAUGUCGUUCCAGAGACCCAAAGGGACCAUCGAAUAUUCUGUGGAAUCGCGGGACACGUUGAACAGCAUUGCGCUCAAGUUUGACACCACACCCAACGAGCUGGUUCAGCUCAACAAGCUGUUCUCCAGAGCAGUGGUGCCUGGCCAGGUUCUGUACGUUCCUGAUCCCGAGUACGUCUCCAGUGUCGGAAGCUCCCCCUCCCUCAGUCCCAUCAGUCCCCUGUCUCCUACCUCCUCUGAAGCUGAUUUAGAGAAGGCGACGGAGUCUGAUGCCCCCGCCAGGCCAGAAGGCGUCCACCCCCCGGUGUUCUCGGCUCUGCGCCAGUCCAGAGUGGUCUCAUCCACCUCCGAGGAGGAGGAGGCCCUGACCGAGAAGUUCCUCAAGAUCAACUGCAAAUACAUCACCGACGGCAUGGGCGCGGUGAGCGGGGUGCUGUUGGUCACGCCCAACAACAUCAUGUUCGACCCCCACCGCAUGGAUCCGCUGGUUCAGGCCCACGGAUGCGAGGAGUACGGCAUCAUGUGUCCCCUGGAGGAGGUGCAGUCGGCCGCCGUCUGCAAGGAGAUCACCGACCCAAAGAUCAGAGAGGCGGUUCCCGAUGACCUGGAGCCUCUGCCAGCUGAAAGACACCCAUCCCAGCAGAAAGACCCAGCGGAGCAGCGCCUGAAGGACCAGGGACCCAACGGAGGCGGUGGCGCCGUCCCACGCAGCACCGAGGGUUCCAUCUCCGAGGACGUCUUCACCGAGACGGAGCUGUCCCCCAUCCGGGAGGAGGAGCAGGCGUCCAACGAGGACCUCCGCCAGGACAAAUCGUCCGGCGCGUCAACAGAGUCUGUGCAGACUGUCGUCGCGGCGGCGAGCACCCGCAACCCGGCUGGCCCGCCGGAGGAGCCAGACACCACGAAACCAGAGGACAAUCCACCAGAUACUGCCACGGUGAAUGACACCCAGACCCCCAUGGGGCCCAAGCAGCACAGUGUAGAGAAGCCACCAAGCACACCCACCAACACCACCAGCAGCAGCACUAGCCAGACCCAGGGGCCCAGCAGCAGCAGCAGCAGCAGCAGUGCCCCUCGCCCAGGGUCCCAAAGCUCAGUCACUACUUCCGUCCCUGCCAGCCAACAGCCGGACACCAACCAGGAAGCCGACGUCUCCAGAACAGACACUAUGCAACAAGGCACGGAGGACAAGGAGAACGCAGAGUCCAUGCAACAGGACGACACACAGAACUCUGAGGGUACUGGGUCUGCUGAGAGGAGGCAGCACCGCUCUCACAAGUUCCUGUGUCUGCGAGUGGGGAAGCCCAUGAAGAAGACGUUUGUUUCCAACGCCAGCGCCUCCAUGCAGCAGUACGCCCAGCAGGGCAAGAAAAACGAGUACUGGUUUGCUGUGCCACAGGAGAGAUCGGAGCACCUGUAUCUGUUCUUCAUGCAAUGGAGUCCGGACAUGUACGGCGAGGGAGUCAGAGGGAUGGGACAAGAACCCGGGUUCAUGGUGGUCAAAAAGAACGUUGCAGCAGAAACCCCCGAUGAUGAGCCCAUCACCGACCUUAAUGUGAAGGAGUGGGAGGUAGUGUCUCUGACGGAGUACCACCGUCGGAUUGAUGCGCUAAACAGCGAAGAUCUGCGCUCGCUCUGCAAACGACUCCAGAUCACCACCAAGGAAGAGGUGAACUCCAAGCAUGACACAUCGAUCAAAGCCGAGCUGGAGCCGGAAACGUUCAAACCCAACCUCAAAGAACCCAGCGAACUCCUGGAGGCCGACCAGAUAGAAAAGCUUGCCAGGAAUCUCCCCCCACGGACCAUCGGUUACCCCUGGACGCUGGCGUUUGGCACGUCAAAGCACGGCAUGAGCAUUAAGACACUGUACAGAGCCAUGCAGGGCCAGGACACGCCGGUCCUGCUGGUCAUUAAGGACAGCGACGGUCAGGUAUUUGGUGCACUUGCAUCUGAACCCUUUAAAGUCAGCGAUGGCUUUUACGGCACAGGAGAGACCUUCCUCUUUACCUUCAAUCCAGAGUUUGAGGUAUACAAAUGGACAGGUGACAACAUGUUUUUCAUUAAAGGAGACAUGGACUCUUUGGCUUUUGGUGGAGGAAGCGGUGAGUUCGGCCUGUGGCUGGACGGAGACCUGUACCACGGCCGGAGCCACUCCUGUAAAACCUUUGGGAACCCAAUGCUCUCCAAGAAGGAGGAUUUCUAUGUGCAGGACAUCGAGGUGUGGGCUUUUGAAUAACAAACCUGCUGCAACACAGGGAAAAAAAACAAGUCCUACACACAGGACCAAACCCAGGGAGCGGUCCUCCUUCAGAACAGUGGCAACAUCCCAAACCUAACUGCACACCACCAGGUGCUCCCCUGUCUGGAGGCCAGAUACUGGAUGCUUGUUGUGCGUUAACUACUGCAGUUAUUAAGGAGCUUUGUUUUAUUUUCUUUUGUUUUUCUUUGUGAAAAAUAAACCUGUGUGUGUAUCUUAUUGCAGCCCUGUGCGGCGUCUUUGCAGAGUAGGGAGAGUACGAGGAGAAAUGCAAGGGAAGCAGGGUAGGGACCGCGCGGUCACUAAGGCCAACUGGACUUCCUGAGGCUGAGGUUUGGGACUGCUGCAAGAAAGGAAAGCUGCCCCACCUGGUGCAAAUAGUGCAUCAGAACUCUGAAGAACCUCAAGGAAUCCCCCCUCCCACAUCACCACACCACCACCACCAACUUCUGGGAUCCCAGCUAGAACUCCAACUCACUGUGCUGUCGGCCGUUACGGAGAGAGACUCAGUCGGAGGAAACCGAACACAUUCCAUUUCUCUUGAUCGUGGAGUGUCAAAAGUGGUGAUUUGUGGUGAACUUACAAAAACAAAAAACAAGAAAAAAACCCACGUCCGCAUCCGGAACCGAUGACGUUAAAGCGAGCGAAUACGUGCUGUGUGUGUAGGUGAAAGGGGGAGGAGUGAGUUUGUCCUCCCCUCCCUCCUCCCUUGAGGCUUAACUUAUUGAGUAUCGUGUGUCGUAGUCCUGUCGUUCACUGUCCAUAGCACACCGUCUGAAAGCACAUAGCUAUAACCAGACCACCCGUCGUCGUAGCGUUCCGUUCAGUGGGUGUACGUGUGAGUCCAGCUGCCGGCCGGACGCUGGCUCUACUGUUUCGUAGACAGUAACGUGUUGCAAUAGAUUUGUGGAAUAUGCAAAUAAACUGUCCUGUGACCUCAACUAACCCCGCCGGGCGGCGACUCUUUGGCCGCCGUUUGGAGAAAGAGAGAGAGGAACGUGUAAAGCUUUUACGUCUUGAUACACAUAAUUGCUUCUCUGGGUUUCAUUUGAAGGCCUGAGAUGUGGUUACCUGUUUUACAUGCAUAUAUGACAAUUAUAUAUUGUAUAUAUGAUUAUAUAACUUUAUAUAAUCAUAUAUAUUUUGCUGUUGAGUGUGACAGUGAUAUAUUUGUGCUGAUAUUUCAGCUGUUACUAUAUAUUGUAUAUUACCCUGUAAAUUAAUGGUAAAAUAGUAGAUUUGUUGCAAUAUAUAUAUAUAUAUAUAUAUAUAUAUAUAUAUAAAUACAUUAUGCUAUAUAAAUAUAUAUAUAUAUAAAAUAAAGUGUGAAUCAAUGGGUUGCUUUUAGCACUUUAAUCUGGUUCAAAAGCGUCAAGGCCAGGUUCUUAGAUUAUCCUAGAAGUAGCUGUACAGUAUAUUUUUUUCCCUUCCUGUUAACUGUUACUAGAAAGCUUGCUGCUACCAAUAUCAACAGGAAAAUGUCCUAGUGCUCUCUGGAAGGACGAGGAUUAUUCUGAGGAUGUAACGUUUGGGGAUGAAAUGUUUUAAAGACAGCAGCAGGUCUCGGUUUCUCUCCGCACAGUCGCCAUGUGAGUCUGAGGCAGAUGCGCAUAAUAAAGGUGGGAGAACAACAUAACACUUCCCCACAGAGUCCUGACUUCCCUUUUUCCUUUUUGUUCUUCUUUUUUUCCCUCCCCUCCCUCCUGGUCUUCCACGCCAGUAUUUGUGUCCAUGUGGAAAGUCACAGCAAGUAAAUAUGGUUACCUCUUUAAUUUCACCAGAGCAUUGUAUCAGUGAUGUACAAAUACUAAUAAAGCUGAAGUAAUUGUUGUAACCAGCGA